CGAGAGGGUUGCUGCCAGCCGAAGAGGGGUUGGCUGCAGCCCUUGCAGGCCAGGCUGCUCGGCCCGGCGCAGUCACCGCCCGCAGCUGGCCGCUGCUCCACACCACGUCUCUCCGGCAACCUGUUCGAGAGGAUGGAGGAGCUCAAAGAGAAUCGAAGUUUGCUAACGAGAACCAUGUCCUUCCGGCCACCCAACUUGGUGAUCUCGGCCAGGGCGCUCAGAAAGAGGUUUGCGUUGAGCAAACGCUCUUUGUCUGACACUUGGAAGGACAGGACAACGCUGAUCGAGGAGAACGGAAGCUUUUCCCAGGAGUGCUCGGUGGACGCGACGCCGGUGGCCAUGGAGGAGGCGCGUCCAGCCUCAGCCUCCCCAGUGGCGCCGUUGGCGCCGCUGCCGCUGACCACAACGGCGCCAAAGCCGAAACCCUUCCUGUCCCAGCGGUCUCGCUCGCUGGACUCGCUGAAGAAGGCGGCCGCCAACGGAUUGGCCGCUGAAGCGAGUCCGCUGGCCGCCGCGUCCAGCGCGCAGCCCGACCUGACGUGCGCCACCCUGGAGCUGGACUUUCCGUCGCCGCCACUCGACCUGCAGCCCAACCUGAUCGACUUCAGCUUCCCAUCGGUGGUGGAGACGCCGACCUUGGCCGUCGGCAAGCCACUCAAGCCACUCCAACCGCUUGAGCCGAUUAUCAUCGAGCAAAAGCAGCCAGAUGUGGAAAGUUUCAGGGUUGAUGAGGAAUUGAGCGUGGCGAAGGAGGGCAACAAGUGUGCGUCGUACAUAAUGUACCCGCCGAGCACGCCGUUGGAGCCGCCGUCGGCCGUGCUUCUGCCGCAAAUCUCGGUGAACACGACCUCGUCGGGGGCGGCGCCGCAGCCGUCGACGACUCGGACGGGCUCAAUGCUGGCCAACUCGGCCAUCCCGCUGCUGAUGAUCGCGCCGUGCGUGUCCGACGCCGAGUCGCUGGAGCGGACCAAGCUGCACCUGAACCUGAUGACCGGCCAGGGCCCGAUGAAGCCGUCCGAGAAGCGGCGCCGCUUCUUCAUGCGCAAGCAGACCAACUCGGCGCCAGACUCGUUCGACGGGCCCGGCGGCACCCACAAAGGGGCCCACUCGGUCAGCUUCUGCCUCGGAAUGAAGCUGAAAAGCAGGUGCCACAAUCACCAUCACCACCACCAGCAGCAGCCCACCGACCCAACUGUUUCUGUGCUGCAGAGCAAGCUGAACUCGGAGCCGGAGAUGGGCGUGGAGCACCUGACUGACUUGAACUAUCCGGACGCGGACCCGCCGUGCCAUUUCUGUUGCCACCAAACCAGUACUUCCGUCCACGACGAAAACCGGUUAACGAUCAUGAGCCGAGGUCUCGUCAGAAGCAGAGAUGGUAGCCGCGAGCCCGGCGGCUCGCAUUACAUGAAUCUUCCAUCACCGAAUGUGCAGACGGCAGAGGAGUCGAAUGAGGAGGUGUUCCAGCCGCGGAUGUCCCGCAGCAGUGAUGUGGAUACCCUGGCCAGUCGACGCGAGAGCAGCAUCAGUCCGCCGCCAAUGGCCCGCCGCCGCCGCACGCAGGACGUGGAGGCGGAAAACACGGAGGCCACGACGCCGCCCGCCUCCGCCCUGGCGCGCCGCAGGGCCCUCGUGCCGCCCAAGCUGAUGGCGGAGGAGAACUCGGAGAACAACAGCGAACAUGAGAGAAAACUCUCAGCGGGGUCGGACGGCCCACGCACGCGGCGCAGUUCAAUCGUGGUCAUCCCGCCGAUGCAAAUCUGUCCCGGCGACCUGUUGGUCUACAGCAAAGUGCUGACGCAGCGCAACAAUCUCACGGAUUUUGACGGCUCCACCUCUAGUCUAGCAGUUUCCGAAGCUGCAGAUAACGCGAGGAAAAGCAAAAACACCUGGUCGCUGCUGAAACUGUUUGACAGAUCGAGUCGGGGCAAGUCCGAGACGACGUUCUGCGGGCUGGAAGAGUGCCUGAGCUGCAUCCAGCGGGUCGAGUUCAACGACGACCAGUUGACUCGAUUCCGCGGCAUGUCGUGGGGCGACUUUGUUGUCCACGUGGACACGUCGAGCGGCGCGCGACGCCGCUCUUCCAGCACGAGCAGCAGCAGCUCCAACAACGACUCCACCGUCAUGUCUCCUGGUAGUCCGGAAAAACCGGAAAUUAAGAUCGUGCCCGCCCCAGUGCCGCCGCCACCGGAACCGGAACCGCCGAAGAAGCCGCCAGACAAGCCGCCAGGAGGCUUGGAGCGCAGGUUCCGCGUGGGUCUGAUGCGGACGCAGAGCGAGAAGUCGUUCGAGCGGCGGCUAACGGGCGCCAUGUGGAAGGGCCUGGACAAGGCGCUGCCGGAGCGGGUGCUGCCGCUGCGGCCGAGUCCGCUCAUCUCCACCUUGAGCGAGAAAGACCUGUUCGGCUCGAAGGAGCAGCUGGCGUCGCCCGUGUCCACCGUCAGCCGCAACGAGUGCAAGCGCAAGGAGGCGCUGUGGGACCUGUUCCAGAGCGAGUGCGCCUUCCUCUACGAUCAUCUCAUGGUGCUGAAUAAUGUUUUUAUGGAGCCGCUGAAGAAGAUCCAGGUAGAGGGCUUCGCCAUGUUCGCCGAGCCGGAACUGCUUUUUGGCAACCUCGACGAGCUUUGUUUGGUCACGUACGCGUUCUGCAAAGAGUUCAUUAAUCUGAUUCUGCAGCACGUGGGCACAGGUGGCGAGAUGUCCACCACAGAGGUGCUCGUUAAGCUUUUUCAAAAGAGUUCAAAGGCCGACUCGGUGUCGCAGGCGUAUCACUGCUACGCGCUCAACUACAUCAACGCUCUAAACUACUUGGAAACUCUGCGGCGACACAUGGAGUUCAUCGAAUUCGAAAAGUGGUGUAAUCGGGACCCGCGGUGUAAAAAACUGCAGUUGACUGAUCUCCUAGUGGCACCUGUCCAGCACAUAAUGAAAGUUCCUCUCAUCCUCAAAGAAGUAGAAAACCGGACAGAAGACACAGACGAGCGAGACCAAAUCGCGAGAAUACUGGAGCGCGAAGAGAACUCUCUGAGAGAGUUGGACGACAAGAUGAAAUGGUUGAAGAACUUCGAGCGGCUCUUAGAAAUCCAGCGGAACAUCGUCUGGCCUUCCAUCCUCGAGUUGGACCCGAAAACUUUUGUGCCGGAAUUCCUGAAGCCUGCUCUGGCGCGCCAGCCGUGCGAUAGAAUCAUCGUCAGCCCCAGAAGGCAAAUCGUCAUGGAGGGUCCUUUGUCCAUCUUUGACUCGGGCAAGCCGGCGGAAAUGUAUGUUAUCUUGUUUGAUGACAUGCUGCUCAUCACCAGGAGGAAGAAGGGUCUUUCCAAAAAGGAGCCAUUUGCCUGGAAAAACGACAAAUCUCAACGGACUGGCCAGAAAUCGUCCCUGACGGAGAAUUGGGCGAGCACGUGCGGCCGCGGCAACAACGCGAGCGAGGCGGCGGCCAUGCGUUACAUCGUCUACAAACAGCCGCUUUCGCUCGACAGGUUUUUCAUCCACGACGUCAGCAUGACCGAGGGAUCCACCUGUCGCAUGGACGCCGCCUUUGUGAUAGUCAGCUUGAAUCGGUUCCAGCAGAUCGUGGCUGUGCACACGUUCCAAGCUGCCAACGACCAGCUCAAGCAAACGUGGCUGCUGAAGCUGCGGGACACGCAGGACAAGUGGAAGCGGACGCUGCAGCACACGGUGUUCAAGUCGGACCCGCGGCUGUCGACGUGCAGCCGGCUGGACCCGCGCUUCUCCACGUGCAGCAGCCGCAAAUCGACCAACUGAGCCGCUUAUCGAGCCAAUUCCUCUCAGGGGUCAGGCUUUUUCAAUCAAAAUGAAAUUAAUUCAUACAAAAUGGCUGUUGAUAAAUAAUUUUCUAUGAAGAUGGUUAACUAUACUAGAUUUGAACAAAAAGAAAAAAUUCGCCGCCGCCGCACUUUUUCCGAGUCAAAGUAGUUGCAGCAGAAACGAGAACAAGAAGUGAUUUUUGCGCAAGAAUCUGAUUGUGUAAUUAAUGUACACGUCGUGUAAUCUGAUCGGUUAGCGUAUAGCCGCGUUAUUGUUCAAUGUUUGAUUCAUUGUAGCCGCGAGAGACGGGACGAGAGAGCGACUUUCGUUUGAUAGCCGUCUUCAUUUGCUCGAUUGAUUCUUUGAUUGUCGUUUAACUGGCAUUUUAAUAGGAGAGAUUUUGGACAAACCGGACACUAGAUUAAUCGAGAGGUAUACACAGUUAAUACAUAUAUAAAUAGUAGGAAAUGAUGAGGUAAAAUUUAGUCAAGACCAAUUCACUAUGAAAUGCUCAAUUAAUAUCAUCCAUCUUAGUUGUUGCAACUGACAAGAAGAGUGUUAUUUCCAUUCCAUUCGCGAAAAGAAAUCAUGGAUUCCACUAUUUGGAGAGUAAUCGUUUGUAUAUUUAUCGAUUUUCCCAGUGUGAACAAUAAACUCUCGAGUUGUUACUUCAUGCAAUUAAACAUUCACAGUCCGUAGCUAUAAGGUCUUUAUCAGAAAGAAAGAAAGAAUAAGAGAACUAAAAUUGUUGUAAAAAUGUUGAAUGGUGGCAUAUGAUAUAAAAUAUAUAUGAACAUAUUUUUGUUGAACCAACUUCUACUGGCGCUGUCUUGUUGGUCUUAAAGGGCCAUUGAACCUUUUUGACAGAAGGGUUCUAUCGCAAUUCGUAAUUGGACUCGUGUGUAAAUUCGAAGUUCAAAGUCACCGACUGACGCUCAUUUUCUUAGAUUUCUGCUUGAUCAAAUAUGGCUCAAUUAAUUGAACUUUAAAUAAAGAACAAAUUCAUAUCAGCUAAUUGUGGAUGAAACCCUUAAAGUCAAUUAUUAUCUUGAUAUUCUUUAAAGAGAAGUCUUAAAAUUGACUUAAAAUAAGGGGGAGCAUACCUUUCAAUCCGAAAAUUAUGGCGAUUGUUUGUUAGUGGUUAAUACGAGGUGUUUAUUUACCAAAGGAAGAGUUACGUUAUUUUUUUCCUUUUCAAGAUUGACUCCUCGUAAUUUAAGUGACGAUUUUCAGAAAUUUCAAACUCUAAUACAAAUGAUGAAAAAAAUAUUUUAAAAUAAUUAGCUUGAUUUUUGGUCCCAGGAAUGUGCAAUAAAUAAUAUUGAACGGCCCCAAAAAUGAUAAAAAUCAACUAUUUUAUCUCUAAAAAUUACUGAUUUAACUUUUUGGUUUUAAAAUUCUACCGAGAUCCAAAAUAGUUACAAUUUCCAGAUAUAAAAGAGUCCAGCCAUCCCAUAAUGUAUGGAUGAAUUGAUUGUCAAAUUGGUUUUUAAGAAGUCAAAAAUGCAUGGAGCCCAAAUAAAAAAAAUGCAAAUGAUUGCAGAGGCAUCGUCAAUCGGUGGUUUUGAACUCUAAUUAUUAACACGAAAAAUAAAUAUAAUGUGUAAACAUAAACUUCUUUUCAAAUGCCAUUUAAAAAUAAUCUAGAGGGAAAUUAGUUUGGACUGGCACAUAGUGUGCCACUGUUCUGAAUUUUAUAUCUUCACUUUCACAAUUUUCGGAACACUGCGUCGUCACCUCAAUCGUAAGUUUGUGCUCUUUGCGUAACAGUCAUGAAACCUCCUAAAACAUGGACGCUCCCAGAAUCAAGAGUCAGAAUCACUUCCUGACACAGUCGAAAUUAUUUCUUUGUUGCAAAAAUAGUUUAGCGAUGCGCGAUUGCUCGACCAGUGCAAGUGCACCCCUGGUGGCAGAUUUGUGAAAACAAUGAGCCAGAUCGCGAAGGGUAGUGACUUUCUCCUUACCGUCACUUUUUUAUAAGUUUUGCCCUGGUAUGUUUUUAUUUUUGUAAUUUAGUCACGUUAAAACUUUCGUGGCCAGGUUGGGUUAUGGCGCAGAGUUUCGGAAUUGCUUAAAUUUUCAAAUGGCAAAAAAAGAUAAAAUUUUGCAAUACUAGAAGAGGUUAAAAGCCUUUAAAAAAUAGGUGGAAAGUCUAAUCACAAUUUUCGUGAUGGAAUAAUCAAAAUAAAAUAACUAUCUGUUAAUGUUUUGAAAUGUUGGGGAAAGAAUUUGCAUCAUCAAAGUCUACUUAAAAAUAAAACGAGCGCGACUGAACCAAUAAAGAAAAAACAGAGUUAAUAAAUCGACCAUUAACAAUAAUUAUUUGGCAAAAAAUGGUGGGAGUUAGGCUUAUUGCUAAACUUUUGUGUCCGCCCGGUUGCAAACCUUCGCAAGGAAGUCUGGAAACUGACGAACGGACGCGGAGGGUAUUCAGAUGAUUCUGAUUGUUUUCGUCACUUUAUCAUACUGUACUAUUUUGUUUUGAUAAAAUUAGAAAUUGCUGCCGAGCCUCGAGGGGCGACGCACACAAGGAAACAUAACGCUUACAGCGGUGUCAAAUGUAUGAGGAGACAAUACAUUUCACGAAAAGGAGUAUUUUCAAUAGGUCAGUGUGUUCCUUUUGCAAAUUCGUGGAGCGAAAUUCCCUUCCUCGAGCCCCCGCCCCUAGAAGAAAGAGACUAUUUACAUCUGCAAACAUGUCUGUACUGUACUGACUGAGUGUGAUUCAUCCGUUGUACCCCAAUGUGCCAAAAGCAAGUCAAAUCGUUGACAAAUUGUGUUCAUGGAAUAAAAAAAUAACACGUUUA